UGUCAGAACUGUCAAAUCGUUAUCGAACUCGAGCUGGUGCGAACUGCGAUGUUAUUUUUUAUUACCCAUUAGUGCUCAGUCUUGAGACAGCAACCACAUAACACAUAACGCUUUAAAAUCUCAGUUUACAGUUACGCUUAUCUUCAAAAUGGAAAUAUCUUUUAAAGGGAAAAGAAUAUUGGUCACCGGCGCUGGACAAGGUAUUGGCCGUGGUAUAGCCGUAGAAUUAUGGCGAGCCGGCGCAAAUAUUGUAGCGUUAUCAAGAACUCGCUCACACCUAGAAGCUCUGCAAAGUGAAUAUCCUUCAAUUGACAUAGUUGAUGUUGAUAUUGGGGACUGGGAAAAAACUAGGAAAGUUGUUGAAUCUCUUGGACAUUUUGAUGCACUGGUGAAUAAUGCAGCAAUCGCCAUAUGCGAGCCCUUCCUGACAUGUUCAUCAGCUGAUUUUGAUAAAACUUUUAAUGUCAAUGUAAAAGCAGUACUUAAUAUAAGUCAAGUUGUUGCUAGAAAAAUGAUUGAGAAUAAAACCCAUGGUGCCAUUGUCAACAUCUCAUCACAGGCUUCUAAGGCUGCCCUACAUGAUCAUGCCAUUUAUGGUGCCUCAAAGGCUGCUCUGGAUUCUCUAACCCGUACCAUGGCUUUGGAACUAGGCCCUCAUGGAAUCCGUGUAAACUGCGUCAAUCCUACUGUCAUCAUGACUGAAAUGGCUAAAGUUGGCUGGUCUGACCCUGCUAAAGCCAAUAGUAUGCUGUCAAAGAUUCCUCUUGGAAGGUUUGGUGAAGUUUCUGAAGUAGUGAAUGCUGUAGUUUUUCUUCUGAGUGAAAAGUCAAGCAUGAUCAAUGGUGUUGAACUGCCAAUUGAUGGAGGAUAUCUAGCCACAUAAAAAUCUCAAUUUGUGUACAAGUCUCUCAGUCUCGAAAAUGACUUAUUAUUUUUAUAAAUACUUAUCCAAAUAUAUUAUGUAUGUUUUUUCAUUCAAUGCUUAUAGCUUUAUCUGAACCAGUGCAAUAAGUAGGAUAGAUCUAUGGAAGAAAAUAUUUAGGCACUAAUAUAAAUUCUCCAUCUAAUCCAUGCUGCACUUUUACUGGAUCAGAUAGUAGGUAUGUGACACUGGAAGUGAUUUUUACUACUUUGAAAAGGGUAUAUACCAAAGAAAAUAUAGGUCUAAAAUAUGUUGUUCAGAUUUAGACUGUGCCAUUAUUUUUUGAUUGUCAAUAUAACAGGUAUUCAGUGUAUUUUUAGUGUACCUAAGUGUGUAACUGUUGUUACUUAGUAUUUUGUUCCUAUAAUUUAU